UAUAUCUGCAUCUGAUGCUCCAGCAGACGUUGAUGCUGCCUGCUAGUCUAGGAAACACGGCUACACCAUGAGGCAGGGUACGCCUGCGCCAAUACGACGUCCUUGAUCGCCCAAAAUGCGCAAGUUCCUUGUUGGAAAGCCCAGCAUCGACCACACGACCGACUCGAGCCUGCCGACGACGAGCUCUCCUGGCGUUUCGACCCGCGCCGUCUACCGCCCCAGCGCCGCCCAGAAUGCCAUCUUCCAGGCCGGCGCCCCGAUUAGCUGUCUCGACCGCUCUGCCGACGGACGCUCUGCCGUACUCGCCGGCCGCCAUGUCCUCAAGAUUGUCAGCUUCGACCACCUGACGGUCGAGGAGCGCGUUGACCUGCGCGCCGCCAUCAAUGCCGCCAAGCCGAGCACCUCAGCCCCCAUCUCGGACCAGCUGUCCAUCAAGGAUGUCAAGUGGGCGCCCCCGAGCAGCGGCGCCCCCGCAAUCUUCACUGCUUGUGCCAAUGGCAAGAUCUUCCACACAGACAUCUCGCGCUUGGCUGCCGGCACUCUUGACAUCAUCACCAUGCGCGAGGACUCGCGCCAGGUCAACACCCUCGACGUCAACCCGCACCGCGGCACUUUUCUGCUCUCUGGAAGCCAGGACGGCUUCGUGCGCGGCUUUGACAUCCGUGAGCCGGCCACUAACCGUGCCGGCUUCGUGUCCUUCCCCACCUUGAAGCCCCCGUUCAAGUGCAACGACGGUGUCCGCCGCGUCCAGUGGUCGCCCAAGGAGGCCUUCUUUUUCGCCUGCGGCACCGACAGCGGCGCCGUGCUCAAGUGGGAUCUACGCAAGGCCACCAGCCCUCUGCUGCGCAUCAAUGCCCAUGACGCCAACAGCGCCUGCACCUCUCUUGCUUGGCAUCCUGAUGGCGAGCAUAUCGUGUCUGCCGGCACGGAUGCCCGCCUGCACGUCUGGGACGUAUCUGGCCGCGCCGACAAGCGGCAGAAGCCCAAGAUGACCAUUUCAGCACCCUCUCCCGUCGCCUCGGUUGCUUGGAGGCCUGGCCAGUGGUCCGCAACCGCCCAGGGACGUCGCGCUGCCCAGCUGGCCGUGUCAUACGGCGAGACGGGUGGUCGCCGCCUGGCCAACAGCGUCGUUCAUCUCUGGGACUUUGCCCGCCCCACGAUGCCCUACAAGGAGAUCGACCGAUUCGACCUCUCGCCCAUGGCACUGCUGUGGCAUGACCGCGACAUGCUAUGGACCGCCGGCCAGGACGGCAUCUUUAGCCAAUGCGACGCUGCCUUUGCUCCUAGGGUCCUUGACCGUACCCCCGUAUCCACAAUGGCCUUCUCCCCCCGCGGCGAGCUGGCAAUGUUCCUCGACGAGAGGGCCAAGGCUCCGCGCCGUGCGCCGGCCUCCUUGCAUACCGUAGAGUCUCGCCACCAUGCCUCCCCCGCCUCCCCCUCGUAUCCCGCUGCCAGCCCCAGUAAUAUGUUCAGUGUCAGCCGCAGCGACUCGGAAGACGACGUUGCCGGCAGCUUUCUGGGCACGCGCAAGGUCGGUCGGAGCAGACGGGCAAGCUUGAGAUCAGGAGCCCAUGCUUUAAGUACGACGCCCCCUUCGGCACCGGACGACCAACCCGUCGCAUCGCUAGACCAAUCAUUGAAGAUCACGGGAGUCUUCAGGACGCACCAGGCCAUGGCUGUGGGCCCCUUACCAGCUGCCCCAAGAGUCGAAGUCUACCAUUUUCUCGCGUCACAGUACCUUGAGACUCUUGAUAGAGAAUUUUCCCACGUGCCUGGCGGGAAGCCCAUGGUGGAUCGCGUCGUGCUCAUCCUGCAGCAUUUCGCGCGGGCAGCCGAUUGUGUCAGCCAGUUCCGGUUGGCCCAGACAUGGCGCAUCCUCGCUUUUGCCAUGGAGAUGCUCCUGAAGAGCCGCGCUCAGUAUCAUCGCAGCAGGCGCAUGAACCGAGCAAGGCUCGGGCUAGAUCUGACUAAAGAACAGCGGGCCAGGUUCAAGGACGCCGGUCUCGUGUCUGUUGUCAGGCCCUCGGGAGGUGGCCAGACGACUCCCCGCAGGCUUCAACCAUCAGUAGCGCUGUCGGAUAAACAUCUCAUAGCACGGUCCUUACUGUCCGAGGAAUUUGAAAGCACUUCCAACGUGCCAACCCCACUCGCUCGGCCAGUUGGAGCCGGCACUCCUGCUCGGCAGUCAUCCGGUGGCCCUACCGACCACAUACCACACGAGAUGUCCGAUGUCGAGAAUUUCAGUCUGCCCCCCGCGGCGCAUCCCCAAAUCCUCCAACAGCGCCGGCGACUUGACUCCACCCCGUUCUCCGAUGCGAGCCAUGACAGCGACAACACCCAGUUCUCGAGCACAGAGGGAUACGACUUCUACGACAUGGAGGCUAUGGCCAAGGCUGUGGACGUUCCUCAGCCUAGGCAGAGAGAGCUGCCGACCCCGGACGGCUACACGUAUCCGACAUCUCCAGACAGAAGGAAGCCGCCCGUCUUCCGGCAUGAUUCGGACGAGAGCUUUGCCCACAUGUUUUCAAUAUCGCAGACUAGUGACAGCAUCACCGGCUCGCCGAUCCGAAGUCGCGGCUCGCCUAGAAGACGACCACCUGUGACGAGCGCUCCGUCGGAGCACGCAAUGAGAAGGGCUAGUGAGACUGACGAGGACGGGGAGUUCCAGAGUCGAAUUCGGGGCAAGAAUUUAGACCUGGAGCAUUCGCCAGCCUCUUCGUUGCGGAAUCGUCUUCACCAGCAGCAAACCCUGCGGCAGACAGGAACUUUGGAGACGCAAGCUUCCGACGACGAUUACAUGCGCCGGUUGUACGACACGCAGACAACGGCUGAUAGUGAGACAUCCCAGCAAAGCAGCAGGCUGGAUCCUUUCACCUUCGCUCAACAGCAGCCCCCGGCCGCGAGCCGCGCUGGCUCCCCAUCGGUGCAACACCACAAGCCGCCUCAGCCCCGGAUCAAUAUCUCACCCGAAGAUGAGAGCAGUCCCGAUUUUAUAGAAGGCGACUAUCUCCCAUGGCAGGAUGAUCCGGAUUAUCCGUUUCCCGCGUCGGCAGCCGCUGCGUCAAUGCCGGCACCUGCAGCGGAUGGUGGCUACGAGCCGAAAACACCACUAGAGCCAUAUACCCUAUUGGCACGUGCGCUCGAUUUCGAAGCACAGCACUCGGCGCUCAAUGCCUCAGCCAUCGUUCUGCUGCUCAAGCCACUCGUCCCAGAGGGUCUGGUAGAUGACUUCAGGGCUGCUUCGAUACUUCGGCAGCACCACUCACGGCUGAUGGGCAUGAAACUCUUUGUCGAGGCUGCCCUCUUGCGCAACAUGUGCGUUCAGGGGUGGCCCCGCGGCGUCCUGGAGAGUUAUUGGACCGACAGGUAUCCCUCAAUCCUCAGCCAGGGCCAGCAAGGAGUCGUGGCUUCGUUUCUAUGUUCCGAGUGCAAAAGGCCCCGUGAGAUUGAUCGGUCAUCGGCGUCUACAGACUCGGUCUGGCAUCGGUGCAAGCGUUGUAGGUCCGUCGUUGGCCCUUGUGCUGUGUGUCGGCAUCACGGAGACACACCGAUAUUUGAGGAGGGACCUGAUUUCCCGCCAGCUUGCCCACAGGAAAAGGGCGGCGACGGGGAGGAAAAGGGGUCGGCUGUGACUGCUUUGGGAGAAAGUGAUUCGGUCAUGGCAACCUGGUGGUACUGCGCCGGCUGCGCGCACGGCGGACACUCGACCUGCCUAUCGCAAUGGCACGGCGUCAGCAUUCUUCUAGGAGGCGGCGGUAGCGGGUCGAGCACACCAUCAGGGCCAGGGCUCAACAUGCCAUCGGAAGGAUGCUGUCCCGUCGACGGGUGCGGGCAUGCCUGCUUGCCGGGUCGGUGGAGAAGUGAGAGCACGGCGACACGCACCGAGGAAGUCGGCCGGGCGGUAAUGCGUGAGGCUUCCCGCUCGCUGGCGGCCAGCUCCCGCGGGUCACCAGUCCUCCUGCCUGGAAACCACAAUGCGAACAACCUGCUCACGCCCGCGGGCCUGCCCCUGCUGUUGGCCAUGGCCUCACAGCACCAGCAGAGUGGCGAGUCUCCAUAUGGCCUCCAUGUGCACAACGAUUCCAAUGAGGUGGCGCAGAGCAGGGCCGUGGAGGGUGUUCGCGACGCCUUGGGCGUAGGAGCUGGUGGCGGUGGUCGAUCCACUGCUGCGCCGUCGCUGAGCUCGAGCCCUGGCAGGAUGGGAGGGGGCAUCCUGGGAGGAGGAGCGGCUGGGAGCAGUGGUGGCGGACAGGUCGGGGGAGAGCGCGAAAGGCGUAAGAGCGUCAAAUUUGCGCCGGCUGAUGGUGAGCGGAGAUGAUGGGACAGCUAUUGCCCCCUUUACGCGCGCACCUUCCGCUGUAUGGCGGCUAGUGUCUGUCUUCUACUCUCUGAGACAUCACGCAGUCUACGGAGAUCCGUGCCUCCUCCCCGCUGGAAGAUUCGCCCCUUGCUACACAGGCCCCCCAUCCGCCGGUUUCUGUCCUGUACUAAUCGAAAGACAGAGUGUUGGCGGCCCCUGAACUGUCGUCCCGGCCUCGACGGACUGGAUGAUCAAUUAGUGACGCACCCGCAUUUGCCAACAGGUCGUACCUGUCUGUCAUGCAUGUCCGAGCACAGCACCAACGCAAGCAGGAGUCGGCGCCCCAAUGUUCUGGACCGCGCUGGACCGACGUUCGCCGCCAGGCUGAGACCAGCCAAUUUCAGGCUAGCCCCAUCGCUCACUAUCUCUCAGCCGCAAACAAUGCAUUGUGCACAGCAGCCAAGGCUGGGGUUUAGGUUGUUCAGCCGAACGCCAGAUAUACGAAUCCAGGCCAUCGAUGAAAAAGAGCUAGUGGAUUUCCUAGCGCCGCCAGUGCUAUCACACUUAAAAUACAUUACUAUUGCGUUG